AUGUCUGCGAAAGUGGACUGUGAUGCUAGCAGAAAAUCUGUGAUUUGGGCGUACGUGUUGUGGUUGUUCGGCGGGAUAUUCGGCGUACACCACUUUUAUUUGAGAAGGGAUCGUCAUGCAUUUGUGUGGUGGACUACUCUGGGAGGGUUCGGCGUGGGAUGGCUGGGAGAAAUAUUUCGCAUACCUCGGUACGUGCGAGAUGCCAACGAAGAGCAUCCUCAAGAAUUAAAGGCUAAAAUGCAACAAAACAAAAAGCCACCUUUCUCGAUGAAUCGGUUCACUGGCAUGUUGAUGGUCGGCUACUCAUGGGGCCAAAUGAUGAUGUGCGCUGUGCCUCCAGAUGAGUUUUGGGGCAUCAACCUUCGCUACUUGAAUUACCUUGUCCCUCUUGCCGCUGCUUUAGGUGUAUGGACAGUGGGCAACAUAGGCCGUGAACAAGGCUCUCUCAAAUGGCCUCUACUUGCGGCGUACGCUGCGUACCCCAUACGGUACUAUAUCUAUGACGAAACUGUGUGGUUCACCCUUAUGGUGAUUGCAUCAAGCCUCGCUUUCGACUCGUUUUCGAAGGAAUGGCGGAGAACUCGUACCAAACGAAACAUUGUCAAACGCGUAGGAAUACUAGCUCUGUGCGCCUGCUUGUACCUUUCACUGUGGUGCAGCUACCUCUACUUUCAUGGGACUAUCACUGACAGUGAAGGCGACGAGAUACCCAUAUAUGAAGCGCUUCAUCACUUCUUCACUAGUCCUUGGUGGUUGGACGUAAAGCAAUGCCUGAUCGAUACGUAUCAAUACGCGCAGCAUCACGGCUGGUACGAGGUGUGGAAGCAAAUUAUUGACCUCUCAGAUCCGCAUGGCGAGCAAAAUGCUUACAAGGUUCUUGGUAUCGGUCCUGACGCCAGUCAACAAGAGAUCACAUCCACCUGGAGGCGUCUUUCUCGGGAAAACCAUCCCGAUAAAGUCAAAGACGAAGUGCAGAGGCGUGCUGCACAAGAACGAUUCAUGGAAAUCCAACAGGCUUAUGAAAUCCUCUCCAACAGUAAACAUAGAAGAAACAGACGUAACAAGAAGGACAACUCUGAUCCAAGACCAGAGUCAAAACAAAGAACUGAGUUGUAAUUUACUCUUUCAUGUUUUAUGGUAAGAUUCAAUGGAUGCAUUUCAUCAUUUCAUUACUUGUGACGAAAUUUUAUACUGAAAUUUUCCAGAAAGUUAUCUGUUAUCGUAAAAGGCAUUUUUAGUUUAGGAUUAUAUUUAACCUGUAUUAAUUUACUUUAUUUAAUGUCUUUCUAAUAUUUUUUCACAAUCUUAACAAAACAAGUCAAGUUCAAAAUUGCGUAGUUUCUCCAUGAUACUGAUUUUUGUCUUAUCAGCUAAUUAAUAUUAAAAAUGCGAUGAUCUGAACAAAUAUCUCACGCUUAGCGAAUUUUGUGAUAGUUUUGUUCACCCGUCCUUGUUAUUAUAUUUUUGGUGUUGAUUUCGCGAAUAUUGAAAAAGAUAAAAUUAACAAAUUCAUAAGCGUUUUCUUUUUUCAACUAAAGGUUUUUUCAUUACUUGAAAAAAUGACCUCUGAAUUAUGGCCAGUUCGACGUGCUUCACAUUAAUGUAAAAUAUCCUGUAGUAAGCGUGAUACGUCGACUAAAUCUUUUUUUGGACAAAAUAUUUUUAUUCACAUUUUUUAAUACACGGGUAACAAAAUCUGGUAGCGAAUAGGGUCGUAGCGGUCAAAUGUUUAUAAUAAAUAAGUAAUAAUGAAACUAGUAUUUGAAAAGAAUGCAUAAAGAAUUUAAUAAAUAGUAACUAUCAAGAGAACACUAAAAAAAUGUGUAAAGAAAAAAUAAUAAUUUUGUUAGCUGUAUGAUUUUAUUGCCCGUGAGUUAAAUUUUUUUGCGCAAUGUCACUACUAGUAAGAUUAUUUAGGAAAUUUGGGUUAAAGGUCUGAUUUAUUUAUGCAUUUAAAGAGCCAAAUCUAAGUUAAUGUGUAAAUACUACAUUUAUACCAACUGCAAUUAAUUAUAUUUACGUCACCCAAUUACUUGGUUAAGUCGACAAAUGACCGAUUUGUUCCUUAGCCAUUUAUUAUUUAAUUAUUAUUAACUUAGGUUAGAUUGGCAAAUUAUUUAUUAUUAAAUCCACCUGCGUUUCUUUCGUGGUGGUUUACCUAGGCACUAUAUCAAAAUAAUAUUCAGGUCUUUGGUUUUCGCC